CUCACCCUCUGCUUCCUUCUCCAUUUCUCUCAGCUUCAACACACAACAAAAUCAUCAAGGAAUCCGAAGAGAAAAGAAAAAUGGGUUCGGUUCCAUCAGAACUGAGCUUAGAUUUUAGACCAGAAUUUGUACCCAGAACGAUCAGUAAUUUCCUCAGGGAGGUUUCAUCGAUCGGAACCGGUUCCGAUAAGGCUUCGAAACUCGAGUCUUUUGUCAACAAAUUGGAAGAAGAAAUGAAAAAGAUCGAUGGUUUUAAACGUGAACUUCCUCUUUGUAUGCUCCUUUUGAACGACGCGAUUUUAGCUUUGAAAGAGGAAUCAAUGCAAUGUGUGGGGAGACGAGUUGAGCUGGUUUUAGAAGAAUUCAUGCCAUUGAAGGAGAAUAAUCACAGUGAAGAAGAUUCUAACAAGAAAAACGAUAACGAUUUCAAUUGUAAUAAAGAUAAGAAAAAUUGGAUGAGUUCGGUUCAGCUAUGGAACACUGAUGAUGAUUAUAGUAAGAUGAACAAUGGAGAUCCAUGCAAAAACAGGGUUAAUUAUAGAGCAAAUUUGAGUUUUGCAGCGAAGAAAGAAGAGAAAAAUGAGAUACCGGUUCACGGAUUAUCACUUUUGACCCCGGAAAUCAAGGAUCCAAAAGUGGAAUCAGGUUGUGUUGAAUCAAGGACAAGUUCUAGCAGAGCGGUUUCGUGUUCGUCCCAGGCGAAUUUCCGGUCGAUGACCAAUCACCACCACCAUCAGCAGCAGCAACAGCAGGGUGGUAGAAAGCAAAGGAGGUGUUGGUCGUCGGAGUUGCAUCGCCUGUUUGUCAAUGCCUUGCAUAAAUUAGGAGGCUCUCAAGUGGCAACUCCGAAACAGAUUAGAGAACUUAUGCAAGCAGAUGGCUUGACCAAUGAUGAAGUUAAGAGCCAUUUGCAGAAAUACCGACUUCAUACGAGACGACUUCCACCUUCCACACCUGCAAAUCAAUCGGUCGUUGUUGUGCGGAGUGGUCCGUGGAUGUCUCAAGAUCAGUAUGGCGAUUCCUCAAAAGUAAGCAGUUCGCAGUCCGGUUCUCCUCAAGGUCCUCUCCAGUUAGCCACAAACACCGGAGGGACCUCGACAACGGGAGGUGAUUGCAUUGAAGAUGAUGAAGAUGCAAAAUCCGAAGCCUAUAGCAGGAAAAGCAGUUUUCACAAACCAGGAAAAGAUUAUGUAUAGAGUUUCCUCCAUGAAUUUUGCAUAUCAUAUACUAUUGCCAUAUCAUUAUCAUCAUACAUAAAUGAGAGGGGAAGCUGUGAAUUUUUUUGCAGAAUUCGGUUUCCUUCGAUUUUUCGAAUCGAGGUUUCGUGUUUUCAUAGAAGAAGCAUGGAGCUCUAAAACUAUAUAGCUUCUCCAUUACUUGCUUCUGUUACAUUGAGUCUCUGGUUGCUAGU